GCAGGAGGAAAAGCAACAGAGGCGUACUUAUGAGGCCGCGUGUGUGUGUUCCCCCUGCAGACAUCAGACGAGUCACGGAGGGCUGCAGGAGGACAACUCUGAGGAUCUCCUGCCUACAACAAAAGAAGGCGACACUCACACUAAGCGUUGGCAUUGAUUCAGUAUAUCUCUGAUAUAUUCAUGUUCCUUCUCUGCGCAAGGGGGUUGCAAGGCUGGGUUUCUGCUUAAAAGCCUCAUGACUCAAAGUCCCUCCGAGUCACGUCCUGCAAUUGUCUCUGGCGUGUGGUUGGACAGGGGAAAUAGGAGUGUUUUAGUUGGCCUCGGCAGCAGUGGAGCAGAGGGCAAGAGGCGUCUGGUUGUCUAUUCAUCUCAGCGCGACUGAGGCUGUCCGCGUGGACCAUGUGUGCUGCAGCUCUGGACAAGUACUGCGGGUCCACCUUCUGGAAUGCUUCCUAUCUGGAUAGAGAAGACCCCGACCUCCCAGCAUGUGUCGAGCAGACGGUGCUGGUCUGGAUCCCCCUGGGGUUCCUCUGGCUCUGCUCCCCAUGGCACCUGCUAUCUCCCGUCUGGAGGACGCAAGCCAACACAAAACACCUGACCAAGCUCUACCUCUGCAAACAGCUUGUGGUGUCCUUGCUGCUCCUGACGGCCAUAGCAACCCUGGCGGUCACAUUAGGAGAGGAUUUCGGUCCAAGCGAUGACCCACCUUCAACCGUGAGAAAUCCUGGUGUAAACUACGCAAACCCUGUCCUGUUCACCGUCACAUGGAUACUGGUGCUGUUGUGUCAAGAAGGAGUGAGGCGGACGGAAGGAGCGGUUGACUCCGCCACUCUCUUCAUCUUCUGGUUGCUCCUUGUUCUGUGCGACAUCUUCCCUUUUCAGACCCUCCUACGAGAGGCACUCAAGCUGGGAGAGGUCAGCGAUGUCCCUCGUUUUUGCCUAUUCUACAUUUCCUUUGGACUGGAAGUGAUUGCACUCAUUCUCUCUGCUGUGGCUGAUAUCGCACCGGGAGCCAAAGAUCAUGUAAAAAAAAAUCCCGAGGCAGGGGCAGCAUUUUUGAGCAGAAUCACUUUCAACUGGUUUAACAGCAUGGCAGUGAAGGGGUACAAACAGCCCCUGGUUCAGGAGGACAUGUGGGAGCUUAACGACGUCGACACUACAUCUUACAUCAACCGGCGGUUCCAGCACAUUAUGCAGUCAGAGCUGGCUGAAGCGCGGGUUCGUUACCAAAACAAGCUGAAGAAGAAACAGCAUGAAGAGAAAGACAGAGCCCAGGAAGAGGCCUUUAAAAAUGGCCUCUCGAACGGUCUGGGGAAAGGCGUCAGUCAGGACGUGCUGAUGAUGGAGGAAAAGGAAAAGAAAGAAGAUGACAAGAAGAAGAAAAAGGACAAAAAGAAGGGGAAGAAAGAGGAAUAUCCCAAUUCAUGGCUGAUUACCACCAUUUACAGGACCUUUAAAAGGAUUCUAUAUGAAUCUGCCGUCUUCAAGCUGCUGCAGGACCUGCUUGCUUUUGUCAGUCCUCAACUCCUGAAAUUGAUGAUCUCCUUUACUCAGGAUAAAUCCAGGUAUACCUGGGAAGGAUAUGUGUAUGCAGUGCUGCUGCUAGUUGUGGCCAUUCUGCAGUCUCUGUUCCUGCAGCAGUAUUUCCAGCGCUGCUUUGUGCUGGGGAUGAAGGUUCGCACUGCCAUCAUGGCUGCUGUGUACAAAAAGGCAUUGGUGGUGUCUAAUGAAGCUCGUAAAGAGUCGACGGUUGGGGAAACAGUGAACCUGAUGUCAGCAGAUGCCCAGCGCUUCAACGAUGUGACCAACUUCAUCCACCUGCUGUGGUCCUGCCCUCUGCAGAUCAUCCUGUCCAUUGUUUUCCUGUGGCUGGAGUUAGGACCGUCUGUGUUGGCGGGACUAGGAGUCAUGGUGCUAAUGGUGCCGAUCAAUGGACUGCUAGCCACCAAGGCCAGAAAAUUCCAGAUAGAGAACAUGAAGUUCAAAGACAAGAGGCUGAAAAUCAUGAAUGAAAUACUCAAUGGGAUCAAGAUUCUGAAGCUGUAUGCAUGGGAGCCAUCCUUCCAGACCCAGGUGGAUGACAUCAGGAACGAAGAGCUGAAGGUCAUGAAGAAGUUUGCCUAUCUGACGUCUGUCUCCACCUUCAUCUUCAGCUGUGCCCCGGCUCUGGUGUCUCUGGUCACAUUUGCGGUGUUUGUGGGGGUGAGCUCAGACAACGUGUUGACUGCCGAGAAAGCUUUCACUUCCAUCUCUCUUUUCAACAUCCUCCGAUUUCCCCUGGCCAUGCUGCCCAUGCUCAUCGCUGCCAUUGUGCAAACGACGGUGUCUAGGAAGCGUUUGGAGAAGUUUCUGGGAGGUGAAGACCUUGAAAGUGACACCGUGCGCCAUGACCCCACUUUCAGCUCUGCUGUCAGCAUACGCAACAGUUCCUUUUCUUGGGAAAGAGAAGCUGAGCCUCUGCUGAAAAAUGUGUCCUUGGAUAUUAAGCCGGGCCAGUUGGUAGCAGUAGUGGGAGCUGUGGGUUCAGGAAAGUCCUCUCUCAUGUCAGCCCUCCUGGGAGAGAUGCACUGCUCCAAAGGUUUUAUCAACAUUCAGGGUUCCCUCGCCUUUGCGCCACAGCAAGCUUGGAUCCAAAAUGCCACUCUGAGGGAUAAUAUCCUGUUUGGCUCUCCCCUUGACGAAAAGAGGUUCCAGGAGGUGAUACAAGCCUGUGCCCUGGCGCCUGACCUGGAGCUGCUGCCCGGGGGUGUCCUCACCGAGAUUGGAGAGAAAGGUAUCAACCUCUCAGGGGGUCAGAAGCAACGUGUGAGCUUGGCCCGGGCAGCGUACAGUCAGGCUGAUGUUUAUCUAUUAGACGACCCCUUGUCUGCUGUGGACUCUCAUGUAGGAAAGCAUCUGUUUGAUAAAGUGAUUGGACCCAAUGGAGUGCUCAAAGACAAGACGCGUAUCCUGGUGACUCACGGAGUGAGCUUCCUGCCAUAUGUAGAUGAAAUAGUGGUCUUGGUGGAUGGAGUGAUUUCUGAGGUCGGCUCUUACAGUGCCCUUCGUGCCAGCAAAGGAGCUUUCUCUGACUUUCUAGACACAUAUGCCAAAGAGCAAAGAAUCCGCACGCGUUCAGAGUCAGGUCGCUCCCAGGACACUGCAGACAUAGAGCUCAUCCCCGAAAGAGAGGACGCUCAACCCGACUCUCCUUUGGAGGACACAGUUUCUGUCACCCUGAAGAGAGAAAACAGUAUCCGCCGCAGCCAACGCAAGGGCAGUGUCAGACUAAGAAAAAAUAGCUCCAUUAAAAAAUCAGCAGAUGUUGACGAUUUAAAGAAAGGCCAGAAGCUCAUUGAGAAGGAAACUAUGGAAACAGGACAGGUCAAGUUCUCAGUGUACCUCCAGUACAUGCGUGCCCUGGGCUGGGGAUAUACCACCAUGGUCUUCCUGGUUUACUUCAUCCAGAACGUUGCUUUCAUCGGUCAGAACCUGUGGCUGAGUGACUGGACAAAUGAUGCAGAGAUGUACGCCAACAUAACAUACCCUGCCUCGCUAAGGGACACCAGAGUGGGAGUGUUCGGAGCACUGGGAGUGGCUCAGGGGAUCUUCGUAUUCCUCGGUACGCUGCUUAUGGCGAACGCUUCGGUCAACGCUUCUCGCAUCCUGCACUCGAGGCUGCUUAACAACAUUCUGCGAGUUCCCAUGGUGUUCUUUGACACCACACCCAUUGGAAGGGUGGUCAACCGCUUUGCAAAGGACAUUUUCACAGUGGACGAGGCCAUUCCACAAUCCCUCCGCUCCUGGCUGCUGUGUCUGUUGGGCGUGUUGGGGACACUGUUGGUCAUCUGUCUGGCCACUCCUUUCUUCGCUGUCGUCAUCAUUCCUCUGGCCGUGAUCUACUACUUUGUACAGCGCUUCUAUGUAGCAACAUCAAGACAGCUGCGUCGGCUGGACUCAGUAUCACGCUCCCCUAUUUACUCACACUUCAGUGAGACGGUGUCUGGUCUGUCAGUAAUUAGAGCAUACGGCCAUCAAGAGCGGUUUCUUAAGCACAACGAAAUAACUAUCGAUGGAAACCUCAAGAGCGUCUACCCGUGGAUAGUUUCAAACAGAUGGCUGGCCAUCCGUCUGGAGUUCCUUGGAAACCUGGUGGUGUUUUUCUCUGCUCUGUUGGCCGUCAUUUCCAGAGACUCUUUGGACAGCGGCCUGGUUGGCCUGUCUAUAUCCUACGCCCUCAACGUAACACAGACCCUCAACUGGCUGGUGAGGAUGACAUCAGAGCUGGAGACCAAUAUUGUAGCUGUGGAGAGAGUGAGUGAAUACAGCGAGCUUCAGAACGAGGCUCAAUGGAUUACUCACAUUCGGCCUGUAGAGGAUUGGCCCCAGGAUGGAAGGCUGAGGUUUGAAAACUACAAGGUCCGUUACAGACCCGGAUUAGACCUGGUGCUGCACGGAAUCACCUGUGACAUCAACAGCACUGAGAAGAUUGGAAUAGUGGGCCGCACAGGAGCUGGGAAAUCAAGCCUGACCAACUGCCUGUUUAGAAUUAUUGAAGCUGCCGAAGGUCGCAUCCUCAUUGAUGGUGUAGAUAUUUCCACAAUAGGCCUGCAUGACCUCAGAAACAGGCUCACGAUAAUACCGCAGGAUCCAGUGUUGUUCUCCGGGACACUGAGGAUGAACCUGGAUCCAUUUGACAGAUUCAGUGACGAAGACAUCUGGAGAGUACUGGAGCUCUCCCAUCUGAAGGAGUAUGUAGUGGGACUGCAGGAGGGAUUACAACAUGAAGUCACAGAGGGUGGCGAGAACCUCAGUGUGGGCCAGAGGCAGCUGCUGUGUCUGGCUAGAGCACUGCUGAGGAAGUCUCGCAUCCUGAUCCUGGAUGAGGCCACGGCAGCUGUUGACCUGGAGACGGAUGACCUGAUUCAAAAUACAAUCCGCAAAGAGUUUUCACACUGCACUGUCCUCACCAUCGCCCACCGUCUGCACAGCAUCAUGGACAGCUCCAGAGUAAUGGUGCUUGAUGCUGGUAAAAUAGUGGAAUUUGAUUCUCCGAGGAACCUGCUUGAGAAGCAAGGCCAUUUCUACGCGAUGGCAAAGGAUGCUGGGAUAACACAAGCAGACACGACAGCGCUCUGAUUCUGCACUUUUCCUUUUGAUCUAAUUCCAAUAAUUGCUUUUGUUGUUUGAUUUCAUAAGAUGGAUUUUGCUUUGAUGUAAAGAGAUAUUAUAAUAUUUGUAUUUAUAGGAAGCAAUAUAGAGAAAUCAUAUUCUGUAUGUAAAUAAUUUUAUAUGAGAACAACAAACAUUCUUUGUUUAAUCCUGCUGAAUUGUUUUUAAU